CUGAGCUCGAGCGUCGAGCGACAGAAAAAGCUGCAGGAGUGGUUCCCACAUACACCAGCAGUAUUCUGGUCAGACGCAUGCGUGGAUCAUAAUGGCUUCUUCGGCUGCCAUACCUCUAGUACUCUAACUCCUAGGUCCACUGGAUCCAUUCCCACAGGCUCCUCCACCAACCAGACAGCAACUUCAGCAACUGCGGACCAUCAAGAAGUUGUAUCGACAUACUUUCGUCUCAUUGUGAAAAUCCUACUACCUGCCAAAGCUCAAACUCAAGGAUCUGCAUCGAGCACGAGCAAUACUGCUGAUUACUCGUGGUUUGAGAUGGGAUUCAUGUCGCUCUCAUCUGGCACAAAGAGCCUGCUCCUCUGUUUCGACGUGCCCAAAGACUCGAUUAUAAGGCUAUACCAAACGUUACCCAAGAACACGGAUCAGAUAAGAGGUCCAUUCGGGUUGCACAUACUCGUUUUGGAAGAGCUUGUGAAACUUUACGACCAGAGUGUUUGGGCCAUGGCCAAAAAGGUCCGAGGUAUCGAGAAGCAACGGCUCGCACAAACAGGAAGGCUGAUUUCCAGGACUCCUUCCCUUCCGUCCAACAUAGGUCCUCUGCCCGACGAAACAUUUAAACUAACCGACUUUGGACAAACGGCCCAGAAUUUCGAACACCUCUUCGAGAUCUCUCGACACUUGGCUCAUAGUGUAGAGACAACUCAGAUAGCUACAGAAGUCGUGGAGCGCAUGAAACAUGCCUGCGAGUCUCUGCAUCUCGCCCACGGGACUCCAAUACUCCAGACGAGGGUGCAGAGACUAGGUUUCUUGCAUAGUCUAUUUAGAGGACUCUCUGCAAGGUCGGUGUCUAACGAGAAGAGACUGACUAGUGAGCAAGUGUUGCUUUCCAACAUGAUAUCCCAACAAGACAGCAAGGUCAACAANAAGAUGUCCAACUUCAGCUCUCAAAUAGCAAUGGCCGCCAGAGAAGAUGGUGCGGCCAUGAAGACCAUCGCAGUUGUCACUUUGACGUUCUUGCCGGCGACGUUCGUCACGGCACUCCUCGGCAUGAACUUUUUCACAGUCGAUUCAGGAAGGCUGACUUCCACAAAAGACGUUUGGAUCUUNUUUGUAAUCGCAGUGCCGCUCACAUUUUCCGUGUUGUGCUUUUGGUGGUGGUGGCAGAGGAAGGAGGCCAACAAGGCGAUGAACCACAAUGAAAAGGGUCACGAGAAAGAUGUCGAGCUUGGGGACGAAAGUAGU